AUGGCUUCCUUGGCACUGGAGGAGGAGCUGUCCUGCCCGGUGUGCCGUGAGGUGUUCAGGGACCCCGUCUUCCUGCCGUGCAGCCACAGCUUCUGCAGGGAUUGUCUGCAGAGAGCGCUGGGCGGGUUCUGGCUGGUUGAAAGGUUCCCCAAAGUGUGUGGGGGAAUGGCACUCAAAAAAGACGUCAUUGUGUGA